GCUUGAUUUCCAAGUUCACCUUUUUCUUCCACUUAGCAUCGCAUAGUUAUACCAGCGAAUUAAAGCAGUACUAACUUCGUUAUUUAUCUCCCUCCUAACUCUAGUUUCAAGAAUCUUAUGGGAGCAAAAGAACAUUUAAAUUAUAUUUUUAUGGCACCCCGCUUGGCCUCGUUUUACGGUUCCACGUCUUCCUUCUUUGUCUCGGCGGUCGCGCGUUCCUUCUGUUACGGCACGCCGGCCGUCGAGGUAGUACCGCGGUAGAGUGAAUAUCACCUGUUAGAUUGUAGCAUGAGUUAACGUGUAUACGUCGCGGUGGAAAGGGAACACCAAAGACAAUGCGAGCCAUCAUUGGCCAUUCGUGAUCCGUAGUCAAAAUAGCUCUCUUCAGUAUGCAGUGUGCAGUGAACCACUAGUGAACUUCCAAAGGUGAUUGCCCUUCGUCUAGUCUUCGAAUAUACAAGGCUAAGCGUAAUUGAAAAUAUGAACUUGCUCUGAAAUGUGAAGUGAUCGAUCGUAACAUGGAUUGUUUUUGUUCGAAAGCGCAUUCGGUUCACUGCAAAAUCGUGUUUUUGGACGAAACGGAUUUGGUGCACGAGAUACAGAACAACAGCAAUGGGCAGGCGUUGCUCGACGUCGUCUUCCGGCACUUGAAUCUGUUAGAAACCGCUUAUUUCGGACUGCGUUACUUGGACACGCACGGACAAACGCAUUGGCUGGACCCCAGCAAAAAACUCAACAAACAAAUCAAAGGCAACGACCAGUACACGCUGUAUUUCGGCGUGAAAUUCUACGCGGCGGAUCCGUGCAAACUGCUCGAGGAGAUCACCAGGUACCAGUUUUUCCUGCAAAUCAAGCAGGACGUGCUGCAGGGUAGGCUGCUGGUGCCGUUCGAAUUGGCGGCGGAAUUGGGCGCGUACGUUCUGCAAUCCGAAUUGGGCGAUUACGAUCCGCGACGGCACAGUCCCGGUUACGUUUCGGAGUUCCGCUUCCUCCCCAAUCAAAGCGUCGAACUGGAAAUUCGCAUAACCGAGCUGCACCAAUCGCUAGUGGGACAGUUGCCCUCGCAGGCGGAAUUGAACUAUUUGGAUAAAGUGAAAUGGCUCGAAAACUACGGCGUUGAUUUGCACCCGGUGCUAGGCGAAGACCACGUGGAGUACUUCCUCGGUCUCACCCCCAGCGGUAUCAUAGUGCUACAAAACAAAAACACCGUAGGCAACUACUACUGGCCGCGCAUCACGAAAAUCUACUUCAAAGGCCGCUACUUCAUGUUGCGCGUCACCGACAAGAACAACGACGAGUGCACGUACGGCUUCGAAACGCCCUCGAAGUCCGCCUGCAAGCACCUGUGGAAGUGCUGCGUCGAGCACCACGCUUUCUUCCGGCUGGUGCAAGUGGCGCCGACGUCGCCCGACAUAUUCGCGCUCGGCUCGCGCUUCCGGUACAGCGGUCGCACCGAGAAGCAGGCGGUGCGCGACGUCCAGAUGAAAAUCCGCCAGCCGCCGUCGUUCUCGCGCCGGCCGUCGCGGCGCUUCUCGCGACGCCACCAAGCCGCCGAGCCGGUGCGCCCGCACGCGCAGGAGAUCAAGCACGUGUCGCUGCCGCUGCCCGUCGACGCGUACGCCGCCGGGGCGCCCUCGAAGAAGUACGACUCGCCGCGGAGCACCCGAAGCGCCCCUUGGUCGCAGCCGCAUUCGAAGGGGCUGUACAACAGCUCGGCGCCGGCCAGCCCGCGAUCGGUGAGGUCCUCGUCGCGGUACAGAUCCUCUUCGGUGGACAGCCAGAGUUCCAACGAUUCGAGGAACUGCAAGAAGAGGAAGCACCGGAGCCGGACGUCGGAUAACGAGAGCGAGCACUCCAAUCGGUCGUCGAGGUCCAGGAGGAGGCAUCGGAGGAGGAAGUCGAGGAGCGGCAGGAAGGAUUCGGGGUCCGAGUACGAACACCGGUCGAGAUCGAAGCCCGAUAAUUACUACGAAUUGGUCGAUUCGGGUUUGCAGUGGCAGGAGGUGCAGAAGUCGGUUUGUAACGAAAAUAGCAACGUUCAAAAAGCGACUGUGGUUAGCAACAAAAAAUGCCACGAAACCAGAUCGUCUGCGAGCAAUUGCAACAGCACGGGGAGAAGGAACAGGCACAGGAAGCACAGGUCGAGGUCCAGAUCUCCGUCCGAUCCCAAAUGGCUGUCGAACGAGCUGAAGAAGCAUUUAGAAUACGAUUUAGUCGAUACGUCGGGCAUGUCUGAUCUCCAAUUGCGGGAAAUUCCCUACACCGUGGUGCAAACGAACUACUCGAAAAACGUGAAACUCCGCUCCUCGAAUCCGUCCAGGACCGAAGACAAAGGUCACGCGAGUGCGUCGUCUCAGCGCUCCCAACAUCCGAACACCAGCAAUUAUCACUAUAAUCACCAUUUAAACGCCUUGGUGGACGAGGCGCUGACUAAUUUUUCAUAUCCUGACAAAGACUGCAUCAACGGCGACGCCUUCGUAGGACUUCCUGAGCCGCUGAAGCCGUCCAGCUAUUACGGCGCCAACAACCUGACUAAUUACCAUUUAAUGAAGGAGAAUUUCCUCAAUUUGAACAUAAACAGGAAUUACCACGAGCACUCUGACUCUGGAUUGGGCGUCGAUCAAGAGUACGACGGAAAAAAGUCUAAUGCGAAGUGAUCGUAGAUCGAGGUAAUGUAUGUAGGAUGUUCUAAAUAGCCGCGCGAUUCGAUCGGUAUCUAAUUUCGGAAUAUUUAAUGAGAAAGUUAUUGACAUCUCUGUAGAUAAAACGUUUUGUAGUUUUUGUUUUCGUUGCGACUCGAGCCGGAGUAAUUUCAGCGAGUUUUUUAUUGAAUGUUGCGUGUACGUGUUGAAAAUGAUUAUACUGGAUGGGGAAGAGAGGUUUUGUUUUAUGAAGAUGGUUCUAAAUGAUUUUGCUAGGCUGAUUACAAAUCUAUAGUACGAUUUCCAACAGCAUCUCUACUUUUUGAUAUAUCGAAUGUACUUUUAUCGCAAAAACUUUAGAGCUGCUGAAGUGUCAAAAAUGAUGGUACUUAUCUCUAGUGUUUUCUAUAAAUUUUCUUUUUAGAAAUGAUAAAGAUUUUUUUAAAACUGGCAAUUAAUAUGGUUGGAGUGUUUCGUCAUUCAAUUUAAUUUAUUUUUUAUUGCGUUAUAAAUGCGUCCUACGCUUGUUAGAUUUUUUUCCAGUACCACUGUUAAUCGAAAUAUUUAGUUCGUUGUUCUUUGGGAUUUUGAAAGAUAAAAAGUGAAACUAAAUCGAUCAUUUAAUCCGGAUUUGUCAUGCAAAACGCCUUUAGGUACGGGCGCAGAUUGAGUCAUAAAACAAGUGUAAAAAGUGAAACUGUAAUUUCGGCCAACUGAUCAGGUCCAGGUCGUGUAAAUUUUGAACUUUCUUGAACAUCUUGCAUAUUGAAGCAUAAUUUAGCAAUUUUAUUAAUAAAGAGGUAACGGUCCAGCCUGGCUCCAAUUUAAAGAACGGUAGACUUUUCAUGCUGUUUUACUCAAUUUGUAUAAUUGACUGAUAACGUCGCAUUUAUCACUCUUUAGUAGCGGUUUAAAGGAAUUACCCUGAUUAAAAAAUUCUUAAAUUAUAGCACACGAUUGAAUAAAAUUAAAACGGCGCGAUUUAUAAUAGGAAACGAGAAUCGCAAAGGAAUUUUGUAAAAACUGUGAUGAUUUAAAAGACUUGAAUUCUAAUGAACAUAAUAUAGUACCUAAUGAUGUGCUUGUUCUCGAAACAUCCUAAAAAACUGAAUGCGCUUAAAGAAAGUCAGUGCGAUUUCUUUAUAAUAGAUACAUACAUAAUUCUCGUUAUAAAUUUAGACUUAAUUAGUAUUCAAUUUCUCUUUUAUUUUACACGAGAAAAUUAUGUUUUGCACUUACGCGCAUACAUUUUAAAUCUGGCGUUAUUUUUACGAUGCAAAAAUUAUAAAAUGUAGUUAAUUUAAGCAGAGAUAAAUAUACUGAUCCACAAAAGUUAAGGAAGUUCACAAAUAUUGAAAUUAAUUUAAAAGUUGCAGGUUUCUUGAUCGCCAAAUUUAGUAUGAGUUGUGUAGGUAGGGGCAAAAAAUCCACUCAGAUAUGAGAAAAAACAUUUAAUUUCGCAUAUUUGAAAAUUUGGUGAUCAAAAAGUCUGUAACUUUUAAAAUAAUCGCAAAAUUUGCGAACUUCCUUAACUUUUGUGGAGCAGUUUAUUAGUAAAUAUGUAUGUAUGUGUAUGUUUCAAGACUUAUUUUAGUCUUUAAUAAUUUGUAUAUACAGUAUAAUUUUUUAUACUUGCUAUUCACUGUGAGUUACCCUCGAGUAUGUAUUUUGAUAUUAUUUGGUAAUUAAUAGCGCAUUGUAUGUAAAUUAAUUACCGGAUUUAAGUUUACAAUUUGUUGAUAUCGGUGAUUUUGUUAAUACGUAUUUUGUAAGUUUGUAGUUAUUUAUAAUUUUGUAUUAAAAUAUUUAUUUCGCUA